AUGAAUCAUUUAACUAGUGUUUAUAAACAAUUAUCAAAUCUUAUUGAAAAUGAAAGUGAGUCACAUGGUCAUCCGGAAUUAAUUAGUGACACUGAUAUAUUUAAGCGAUACGAAACUUGUGAAAACUAUCACGCAGAUCUCAUGAAAAGAAUAACGACUCGUGUUCAGGAAAUUGAUAGAGACAAUGUAGAAACUAGAGGUUCAUAUACAUGCAAGUCGAAAUCUAGUCAUUCAUCUCGUUCACAUAGAUCAAGUGCAUCACAACGGCCACAAACUGCUUCGCGAGCCGCAGACUUGAAAGCAAAAUUAAAGUACAUUGAAAUCGAGGCGAAGGCGAAAUUAGAUUUGGAAAGAAUACAAACAAUACGUGAACUAGAGGCUACCGAAGCCAAGCUAGAUGUUAUCGAUAAAGCUAGUCAAGGUUCAGAUUUAGAUGAAUUAAAGAAAUCACUUCCGCAAGAUAAUACUCUUGAUAAAUUUCUUCAACACGUUGAUCCGUAUGCUAAAGUAGAUACUGACAUUGAAAAUAUUGAGCAUGAUGAUUUUGUAAGUACUCUGCCAAGGUCAACAGUAUCAAAGAAGUUGAAUAUUGACCAUGAUCAAGUUCAGUCAAUACACAACACAAGUUAUAAGUAUCCAGUUCAAGGUUAUUCCGUCCCAACUGCAAGUCUACAAGGUCAAGGUCGAUUUGUCUCAAAUGUCGAUCAAUUUAGGCAAGCUAAGUCUACAUCCAACGUCCGUCCAUCAAUAUUAGAUCAGUCUGCAUUAAAUGUAAGUCAGUCAUUUGUACAAAGUGAAAGUUAUGUGCCAGUAAUGACACACAUGCGUUCUGAACCAGUAGUAACAAACGUAAAUUCUAUGCCAGUUGUGACAAGCGUAAGUUCCGCAACUCUUAAUCCAUCAGCUAUAACAUUUGUACCUCAGAAUGAAAACACUGCUAAUGUUACAGGACAAUACGUUCAAAUUGAAGACCUUACGAAAUCACUCGCCGAACAAGUGAGUCUUAGUCGGCUGCCGCCACCCGAACCGUCAGUCUUUUUUGGUGAUCCUUUAAAAUAUCCUGCGUGGAAAUCAUCAUUUCAAACUCUUAUUGAACAACGAAAAAUUCCAACGUUUGAGCGUAUACAUUACUUGCGAAAGUAUGUCGGAGAUUCAGUGCGAGAGGUAAUUGAAAACUUUCUAAUAUUGUCUACCGAAGACGCUUACGAUGAUGCAAAGGAACUCCUUGAGAAAAGAUUCGGUGAUCCGUUUAUUAUCAGCAAUGCAUUCCGUGAUAGGCUCGAUAAUUGGCCGAAAGUACCGUCUAGAGACAAUAUUGCUCUAAGAAAAUUUUCCGACUUUCUAAAACAGUGCUUGUCUGCGAUGAAAACUAUGGGAACAUUGAACGCGUUAAACGACAAUAGAGAAAAUCGUAAACUUUUGUCAAAACUACCGGAUUGGGUUGUAACACGGUGGUCCAGAAUCGUUGCGAAACACAAAGACGAUAAGCGUGAAUUUCCUUCAUUUCAAAUGUUUGUAAAUUUUAUAGAAAAAGAAGCAAUCAUAGCAAAUGACCCGGUAACGUCAAUACAGUCCGUCAGAUCAGAAACUACAAAUAGCACUAGUGACAAGUUUAAGACAAAUCGAUUUCAGCAUGGUAAAUAUGAUAAUCAGCGUAGAAAUGUUCUUGCGACAGAAACUUCGCGAGUGCCUGAUAAAAACAAUAACAGUUACAACAAGGAUCUAACAUGUACAUUUUGUAAGAAAACUGGUCAUUUCAUCGAUUCAUGUUAUCAGUUUCUUAAGAAGUCAGUGAAUGAGCGAAAGAACUUUGCGAAAGAAAACGGACUUUGUUUUGGUUGUCUUGGAUACGGACAUACAUCGAAGAAAUGUCAAAAACGUAAAAAGUGUGAAGUAUGUUCAAGGUUUCAUCCAACGUCUUUACAUGGUGACUUUCACAAACCGAUCAUUUCCGUCAACAAGGAUAAACCGUUAGAAACUAGCACCGUGGAAAAUUAUAAGUCACAGACCGGAGCCGUAUUCAUGAACAAUACAAAAGCAAGUUGCAAAAGUUCUAUGAUUGUGCCUGUUUAUGUGUCGCAUUCAGACGAUCCAGAUAACGAAAGACUUGUUUAUGCUUUACUAGACACACAGUCCGACACUACUUUUGUUUUAGAUGAAACACGCCGUGCUUUAGGACUCCGUGGAACAGAUGUUAAACUCUCACUAUCUACAAUGCAUGCAGAAAAUCAUAUAGUUGACAGUCGUAAAAUAAAGGGUCUAGUGGUAAGGGGAUUUGACAGUGAAGUUAAAAUACCGCUUCCGAACGUAUUUACACGUGACAUCAUGCCAGCAAACCGAUCUCAUAUUCCAACAGCUGAAAUGGCACUUCGAUGGUCAUAUUUAGAACACAUUGCAGAAAAGUUGAUGCCCGUCCAAGAUUGUGAGUUUGGGCUUUUGAUCGGUUACAAUUGUCCUCGUGCACUUAUUCCACGUGAGGUAAUACCUUCAAUUGAUAAUGGACCGUAUGGACAGAAUACUGAUUUAGGAUGGGGAAUCGUUGGUAUAGUUGAUCCCUUGCAAAUAGACAACUGCGACUCGAUAGGAUUCAGUCACCGUACUCUUGCUCUUGAGGUUCCGAAUGAGUUAUCAAUUAAAGGAAAUAAAAGUGGAGAUUCAGAACAUGUUUACUUUUCGUUUGGUUCGAGCGUUAAGGAAAUAAUUCCAAGUGAAGUUGCCCGCAUGAUGGAACUUGACUUUUCGGACAGAAAUGUUAACAAGAUUUCAUAUUCUUACGAUGAUAAAAGAUUUAUUUCUAUUCUUGAUGAAGGAAUAAGUGUGGAAAAUGGACAUUAUGUUAUGCCAUUGCCGUUCAAAGAUAACACCCCGCCUAUUCUACCGAACAACAAGAACAUUGCAGUAACACGUUUAAAUCAAUUAAAAGGUCGUCUUCAGAGGGAUAAAACCUAUCGUUCACAUUACUUCACAAGCAUGAAUGACUUUAUCGAAAAGGGUUAUGUAGAAAAGGUUGAAUCGUCUAAACAGGAUAGCGAUGGUCAUGUAUGGUAUAUACCUCAUCAUGGGGUAUACCAUAACCAAAAACCCGACAAGGUGCGUGUUGUAUUUGACUGUAGUGCUAGAUAUCAAGGUCAUUCUUUGAACGAUCAUUUGUUACAAGGACCUGAUCUUACCAACAAGCUUAUUGGAGUACUGUGUAGAUUUCGAAAAGAAAACAUAGCUGUGAUUUGUGAUAUAGAACAAAUGUUUCUUCAGUUUAACGUAAAUAAAGAUCAUAGAGACUAUUUAAGAUUUUUGUGGUGGAAAGACGGCAAUCUUCAUGAAGAUCCUAUAGAAUAUCGUAUGAAUGUUCACUUAUUUGGAGCCGCUUCUUCUCCUGGUUGUGCCAACUUUGGUCUGAAAAGAGUUGCUGACGAUUACGAAGAUGAGUUUGGAUCAGAUAUUUCAGACUUUUUGAGAUAUGAUUUCUAUGUUGAUGACGGUCUGAAGUCCGUUGCGUCCAUCGAUGAUGCAGUAAACUUAGUAAAACGAAGUCGAGAGAUGUGUAAUAAAGUAGGUUUAAAACUACAUAAAUUCCAGUCUAACUCUAAAGAACUUUUAAAUCUAAUACCAAUUGAAGAUAGAGCAAAAGAUCUAAAGAACUUAGAUUUAUUAAAUGACAAACUGCCGAUUACGAAGACUCUAGGCAUACAAUGGUGUAUCGAAUCCGAUUCUUUUCAAUUUCGCAUUGAACUUACGAACAAACCACUUACGAGACGAGGAAUACUUUCAACGUUAAGUUCCGUGUAUGAUCCCUUGGGAUUUCUUUCUCCUUUCGUACUUCUGGGUAAACAGAUUCUACAAGAAUGUUGUAGCGAUCAAAUUGAUUGGGACGAACCACCUUCUGAAAUUUUGAUACAAAGAUGGCAACAUUGGCGAAAUGACAUUCAAAAUCUAGCGCAACUAGGAAUUCAGCGAUGUGUAAAACCGAAAAACUUUGGAAAUAUAACAGUAUGCGAGCUUCAUCAUUUUUCUGAUGCUAGCACUUUAGGUUAUGGACAAUGCUCGUAUCUCCGAUUAAUCGAUGAAAAUGGACUUAUUCAUUGUACACUUCUAAUGGGAAAAGCCAGUAGGGGAAACCGAGGAAGUCCCCACCGAGGAGCCUAAUGACAUUUAGUAUGCGAUGUUCAGUAAUGGUAGUAUAGUGGUUAUAAGACUAUGAUAUUUUGGAAAAAUUAAACAUUAAUUUUGGGGAGCCAUGUUACUGUUGUACAUUAAUUAGGAGUAAGAUACAGAUUAUGAUUACAAUCUAAGUAGUAUAUUGUCGUUUCUUUCUCCGAUAUAUCAGAUUCCCAUGAACGAAGCACGAUGCUAUGAACACAAAUUUUGACAUGUUAAUGGCCCAAAGAGUUCUUACGUAAACCUCACGUAAACCUGCGUAAACCUGCGUAAACCUGCAUAACAACGUAUACCAUGAACUUUGUAUAAUGUUAGACAACUGGGUGAAAUAUGCGAUGCACUGUAUGUUUAUUUGACAAUUGCGACAUGAAUAAAGUCAUGAAUAAAGUAUCAGAACUUUCAGUGUAUUUUUCUUUGCGACGCCCACA